GUUUAGGGAAUGAAAAAAAAAAAAAGGAUCAGCAGCACAGAUCCAAAGUGCAGCAGCUGCCACAAGCUGGGAGUGAUUGGACAGAGCUGGGAUUGAGGUUUAUUUAUGUAAUCAGUCUGCCACAUUUGUUUAAAGAUGCCAGAAUUUCUCGAUAUGGGGACUGUUAAUCUGGACAAGCAGCAAGUGCUGCAGAUUGUGGAACGUCUGCAGAGGAAAUUGAAGGAUAAGGGUGACCUGAGCCACCAUGAGAAGAUGUGUAUCUUGCGAGACACCCUGAACAGUCCCCUGUUUAAUCAAAUACUGACUGUGCAACAGUCCAUUAAACAACUGAAAGAGCAGCUGAACCGCAUGCCAGCUGACCGUUCUGCGGAAUUUGAUUUCACCAAGAAAGGCUUAUUGGUAUUUCAAGCAGACACUUCUGCCCACUUGGGAAACAAGACCGACUCUUUGUCCUUUGACAACUUUGUUACGUCUCGACUCGACCAGGAGAACAAGGGAACCGAUGACUUCGACAGGAAGAUUCAGCAGAUGGCCGCGGGUCGGCAAAUUGAAUAUAUAGAUAUAGAAAAGCCUUCUGUCGGGGGCCUCGGCUUUAGCGUGGUGGCGCUGAAAAAUGCCAAUGGAGGAGAUGCUGGUGUGUUUAUCAAAGGAGUGCAAGCGGGAAGCAUUGCAGACAGGGACGGACGUCUUAAAGAAAAUGACCAGAUUCUGGCAAUUAAUUACACCCCAUUGGACGUAACCGUCUCUCAUCAAGAGGCCAUAUCUCUGCUCCAGCACAUCUCUGGAUUCUUACACCUGGUGGUAGCUAAGCAGUCAGCGCCCAUUACCACUCAAACUACCACUCAAAGCCAAACUAAUCAGCAGGACGAGCAAAUGUGUUGGAGCCACGUGGAGGAAAUUGAACUCAUUAAUGAUGGCUCGGGAUUAGGGUUCGGGAUUGUUGGCGGAAAAGCCAGCGGGGUAAUUGUCAGAACGAUCUUACCCGGAGGACUGGCUGAUCAGGAUGGAAGAUUAAAGACUGGAGAUCACAUCUUAAAAAUUGGGGAUACCUAUGUGCAAGGAUUGGCCAGCGAUCAGGUCGCCCAGGUGUUGAGGAAUUGUGGAAAUUCUGUCCGAAUGGUUGUGGCUCGGGAUCCUGUGGGAAAAACUCCCAUCAGGCCUCCACCUCCGGCUCCAGCCACAUUGCCGGUUGGGUCAGCGCCUCCUUUGGAAAUGAAGAAUGUCGGCACCGAUAGCCCAGAUGGCGGUCUGUAUGAUGUCACUCUUACCAAGAAGGAAGGCCAAAGUCUUGGAAUUACCAUUGUUGGAUAUACCGGUUCAAACAUCGGUGGAUCUUCUGGUAUUUAUGUGAAGGGGAUCAUUCCGGACAGUGCUGCGGACCAGAGUGGAUGCAUUAAAGUUGACGACAGAAUUGUUGCUGUGGAUGGUCUGAACCUACAGGGCACAUCCAAUGCCGAUGUUGUGACUGCAUUGCGUAACACCGGACAGACUGUCAACCUGACUCUUUCCAGGGGUAAAGCGCCAACUAUUCCCCCGCCUCUGCCAGAGAAGCCUCCAAGCAAAGAAGUGCCAACUGUGACACCGCCUCCGCUGCCUGCCGUUAUGCCAAUGGCUGAAAUAACAGAGGUCCCGGAAAAUCCACAACACAAUGCAGGGUACCUGGAACGGGCGGAUAACUAUAGAAAUGAGCUUCAAGCAGGACCCCUGACUCCUGAAAAUGAAGCAUUAAAGUCCACGUGGGAGAAACGCCUCGGCCCUGACUAUUCAGUUGUGGUGGUCGAUCUGGAUACAAAGAUAGAAGACGACGAAGAGCUGCAGAAAUACUCCAAGCUUUUGCCCAUCCACACGAUGAGACUUGGGGUGGAACUUGACUCUUUCGACGGCCACCAUUAUAUAUCGUCCAUUGCUGCUGAUGGUCCCGUUGCCAAACUUGGAAUUCUGCAGCCAGAAGAUGAACUUUUAGAGGUUAACCAGGUCCAGCUAUAUGGGAAGUCCCGCAGAGAGGCAAUUUCAUUUCUCAAAGAAGUACCUCCUCCCUUUACACUGGUUUGUUGUCGUCGAUUGGUUGAUGAUGAAAAUGACAACUUUGCGGAUGAUCCAAAAUCUUUGAUGAUCCAAGAUCAAAUGGAAGAGGAUGUUUUCCAUACAGCACAAGCAAUUGGCUCUGCACAGGUUGGUAAGGUAAAGUCCGCAGAAGACACCGCUCAGGAACUUGCGCUGAAUGAUGAAGACGACAAUGGAGAGUUGACUUUGUGGUCUCCAGAUGUGGAUAUUGUUGAACUGGAGAAGGACAAAAGAGGGCUCGGGUUCAGUAUUCUGGAUUAUGAGGAUCCUUUAGAUCCAACACGGACGGUGAUCGUGGUUCAGUCUCUGGUCGCAGGUGGCGUGGCAGAGGAAAGCGGCCAGAUACUGCCAGGCGACCGCCUGCUCUUUGUAAAUGACAGUUUUAUGGACAAUGCCUCACUGGAUGACGCUGUGCAAACAUUAACAUCUGUCCCGCCGGGGAAGGUCCGCAUUGGCCUUUGCAAGCCGUUGGUGAACGACAUGAAAGAUGACACUGUGUAUAUUCCACAUAGAGGAGAAUCGCAAGAUAAUGUGGACAGUGUAAUGGAAGACGCAUCACUACGCUCCAAUCUUUACCACGUAGAAUACAAAGAGGAGCCAUUCUUGGUGGAGGAACAAGAGGAGUUGGUUGACGAGCCAUCGUUGGCGAUGGGGCCAGCUUUCAAUUUACAAGUCGAUAAAACAAAGGCUAUGCAAGAGUCGUGGGAAAUGCGCGAAUUGGGGGGCUUUGCCGAGGAAAGGGAGAUGUUGGUGGAUGAGGAGUAUACGGAGCAGGACGACUCUCAUCCCUACGCCAAUCAGUUUAGUCUGGAUUAUAAUGGAAUCCCCUCCGAACGGAACCCCUCGUACAGCCAGUCCUGGCUAGACAAGACAGACUAUAUAGAACAGUCUGAUCCAGGAGUAAUGUCAUUGAUUGCUGCAAAUGCAUAUGGAGCAGAAACUCGUGUCCAAAAUCCAGAAGAGAUUACCAUCAAACUAGAAGGUGAUUCUGUUGCUCUCAAGGAACCUGGGAUCGUUUUUGAUCCAGAUGCUAUUGCCAUAGAAAGGAACCUUACAAAGCAAAGGGUGUCCAGAGUGACUUCGAGCUCAGCGGAUCAUACAGUGAACCGGCUGUCUGUUGAACUACCUGAGCGGGAAGAAGGGGAAGGAGAGGAAACCCCAACAUUUAGCCACUGGGGGGCCCCGCGUGUUGUUGAGAUUUGGAGAGAACCUCAAGUUUCCUUGGGAAUUAGCAUUGUGGGAGGGCAAACCAUCAUCAAACGCUUGAAGAAUGGAGAGGAGCUAAAGGGAAUUUUCAUCAAGCAAGUCUUGGAGGACAGCCCUGCUGGGAGAACCAAAGCUCUAAAGACUGGAGAUAAAAUUCUAGAGGUCUCUGGAGUAGAUCUGAGGGAGGCCAAUCAUGACGAAGCUGUGACCGCCAUCAAAAAUGCAGGAAAUCCAGUUGUUUUCGUCAUUCAGAGUUUGUCUCCAGCCCCACGGUUGCUGUCCAUCGUGAGUCCCAAAGCUUCAAAAUUGAAUGACCAGGAAGAAAGCACAGAUGAGAAGAGUGCGUCUCCUGUGCCUCUUGUGCCCGCGGGCCCUCCACCACCCAUGAAGCUGCCCCCUCCAUACAAAGAGAGCACAAGUACCGAGAUGGCAGCGUUUAUAGAGGAGGAGGAAGACAGCGAUGAGAAAAUUAGGCAGAGAUAUGCCGACCUUCCGGGGGAACUGCACAUUGUUGAGCUGGAGAAAGAUAAAAAUGGACUUGGCCUCAGUUUGGCGGGUAAUAAGGACCGAUUACAGAUGAGUAUCUUCGUGGUAGCCAUAAAUCCAGACGGACCUGCUGGAAGAGAUGGGAGAAUCGAAGUUGGAGAUGAACUAUUGGAGCUAAACAAUCACAUUUUGUUUGGGAAAAGUCAUCAGAAUGCAUCUGCCAUUAUUAAGACCGCACCUUCCAAACUGAAACUUGUGCUUAUAAGGAAUAAAGAUGCGGCUCACCAGAUGGCCAUCGGCCCCUUCCCGCUGCCAGCAAGUUCCCAGUUCUCCAAUCAGGAGGCGCCCGGAGUCGCCGUUUCCAGCAGAGUAGAUGACGCCGACUUGGUUGAACCCAGGAGAAGUUACACUGAUUUGGAAACCAAAACAAGCGAAAGUAAAGUGAAGUUCAACGACCAGAUCCUGGAGGCAGUUGAGGAGAAGAAUGUCUUCGAUCACGAGGGGCUCAUCAGCCAGCUGAAACCACCUAAAACUAGCGCCAAGAUACCGUACAGUGCCCAGGACAUAGCGCUCACCCCGGCUCCAGCCUACAUAAUUCCGGAUCCAGAGAUCACUAACCAGAGGAACAUCUCAUCUCCGGUAGUACAUUUUGACCCGGCAACAUGUCCUAUUAUACCAGGGCAGGAAAUGACCAUCGAGAUCUCCAAAGGUCGAUCGGGCCUUGGACUCAGCAUUGUGGGUGGGAAAGACACUCCGCUGGAGGCGGUGGUAAUACAUGAAGUGUAUGACGAAGGAGCUGCAGCUAGAGAUGGGAGACUCUGGGCAGGUGAUCAGAUUCUUGAAGUCAAUGGCGUAGAUCUUCGGAACGCCUCCCAUGAGGAAGCCAUCACGGCCCUCCGUCAGACCCCUCAGAGGGUGCAGCUGGUGGUAUUUCGGGAUGAGGCCCAGUACAGGGAUGAAGACAAUCUGGAUAUAUUCCAUGUGGAGCUACAAAAGAAAAGCGGGCGAGGUCUGGGGCUGAGCAUUGUGGGGAAAAGGACCGGCAGCGGAGUCUUCAUAUCUGACAUCGUGAAAGGGGGGGCCGCCGACUACGACGGAAGAUUAAUGCAGGGAGAUCAGAUCUUAUCAAUCAGCGGCGAGGACAUGCGCAACGCAUCCCAGGAAGUCGUCGCCACCAUAUUGAAGUGCGCUCAAGGACUCGUUCAUCUGGAGAUUGGAAGGCUGAGAGUCGGCUCUUGGCCGUCAUCCAGGAAAUCUUACCCGAGCAGUCAGGUCAGCCAGAACAGCUCUCACAGCGCCCCGCCGGCCGCGUACGCCCCUGUCGUCUCCAGCUCACAGAAUUACACAAGCGCCAAGAGAUCCUCGGCACCGUCCUCUCAGAGGAACUCCGGUAUGGAAAUGGAGCCGCGGAUUGUGGAAAUUAACAGAGGGCCCAGUGAUGCUCUGGGGAUCAGCAUAGCAGGUGGAAAGGGAAGCCCACUGGGAGACAUUCCUGUGUUCAUCGCCAUGAUACAAGCCAGCGGAGUUGCAGCGCGCACACACAAACUGAAAGUUGGAGAUCGGAUCGUCAGUAUUAACAAGCAGUCCAUGGACGGCCUCGCUCACGCCGAAGUGGUUAACAUCCUGAAGAACGCAUUCGGAGCCAUUACCUUGGAGGUUGUAGCGGAUACGAAUAUAAGUGCCAUCGCCAGUCAACUGGAGAGCAUGUCGCUGAGCCAGAGCAUGACUUCUGAGCACCCGAGCGAAGAGGCGGAAUCCCCCGUGCCAAAGAUCAUUCUCCUGGAGAAAGGAGCGGAUGGGCUCGGGUUUAGCAUCGUCGGAGGGUACGGAAGCCCUCAUGGAGAUCUGCCAAUCUAUGUCAAGACUGUAUUUUCCAAGGGAGCUGCUGCGGUUGACGGCAGAUUGAAACGUGGAGACCAGAUCCUGGCGGUUAAUGAUGAGAGCCUAGAAGGCGUCACGCAUGAAGAGGCGGUGGCCAUCCUAAAGCGGCAGAAAGGCAACGUCACUUUAACCGUGUUAUCGUAACGGCGAGCCGCGGUGAAAUGGGCUGCGGAGAGACAUCAGAACUUGGUUGUAUGGGACUGCUGCGGUGGCGUUACAGACCUGCGCUGCUGUUGGGGGGGGGGGGGGGGGGCAGACUGGGAAAGUGACCACUUGUGAAUUAUGUGGGGACUGAACAGUUCCCCCCCCCUAUUAGUGCAAUAUAUCACCACUGUGCAAAGCAUGCUGGGACUUGUAGUUCCCCAGCAGCUUGAGAACUGCAAGUCUGUGUCUCCUCCUUUACCGUAUAAUUUCUCCAUCUGACUUCGGUGUACAAUAUAAAGCACAUGAAACGCGUCGUCACCUUAUUACCUUAAUAGCUGAUAAGUCUUCCAGCCAUGUUAUGUAACAUUGCGCAUUCCUUCCCACCACGUUCCGCACGUUCCGAUUCUCAUCUUUUCCUAUUUUGUUUUGUUCCUUGAAGUCCAAUUUAGUCAUUUUUAGCUGUGUAGGUCAUUAUUCAUCAGCCAAAAUAUCCAGCUAUUAGGCCCCUUUCACACUGGGGCGGGAGGUGCGUUGGCGGUAAAGCACCGUUAUUUUUAGCGGCGUUUUACCGUCAAUUUCACUGCCCUAUUCAGCCGCUUGCGGGGCGCUUUUACCCCCUGCUUGCAGCCGAGAAAGGGUUAAAACCGCUGCAGAGGCGCUUUGCCGGUGGUAUAGCCGCAGUGCCC